CUCUCCUACCAGGCUGUGUGUGAGAGAACGGGUGUCACAGAAACAAAGUCACAGCCAGGUCUUUAUGAUGAAGACCUGCGUCCUUUUGUUGCUGGUGCUGGGGUGCGUCUACGGUGCCCCGGUGGACCAUGGGCUGCAGGCGGGCUCGUGUGAUGACCCAGCAGCGGUGAGCGCUGCUCAUUUGGCUCUCAGCAAGAUCAACCUGGACCGGACAGAGGGCUACGUCUUCUCGCUGCACCGCCUGUCCAACGUCCACUCGGCCAACCAUGAAGACGCAGGCGUGGUUUACUACCUGACUCUGGACGUUGAGGAGACCAACUGCAGCGUGGUCAGCAGGCAGGACUGGAAGGAAUGUGAGGCUCGUUCCAUUGGGGGGAUGCCGGUGUAUGGACAAUGCAAAGCUGCCAUUUUCAUCAGUAAGCCUCACAGAGUGGUCCGUCUCUACAAAUACAGGUGUCUUAUAAGACCAGUUCCUGCUGCUCGGGUCGUACAGAUUUGUCCCGACUGUCCAACUUUUAUCGGCUUUGACAACGAAGAAGUCAAAAAGACCRUAACUCUCUCACUGGAGAAGUUCAACAAAGAGAGCAACUACCCCAACCGCUUUGCUCUGCGUCAGAUCUCCCGCGCUACUGCUGGUAUGGCAAUGAGCAUGKCUUACCACGUGGAGUACAUCAUCCAGGAGACCACCUGUGGCAAAAACACAGAGGAAACAGCAGCUAAUCCGUGUCCCUUAAUGACUUGUGGCUUUGCACACUUGGGCUUCUGUAAGGCAUCCCACUACCAUGUUCCUGAUGGCGAGCCGAUUACCAGCGUGAAAUGUGAGAUUUAUGAACCCGAGGCUUCUGAGAGAGAGAAGGCACUGCACCUGUUGGGUGAUGCAAUUGACCACAGCCACAAUGACUCACACACACACGGUCCUGGUGAAAACCAUGGACAUGGAAACGCCCACGGACACCAUCAUGGCAAAAAUCAUGGACAUGACAAUUGCGGAAGACACGGACAUGACCAUGGAAAUGACCAUGGACAUGGAAAGGACCAUGGAAAGGACCAUGGCAAAGGACAGAAUAAGACAUGCUCAUUAGGCCACACCCAUGGACACAGAUUUGGACACAGUGGACCAGGCCCACACGACCACAUUCACGACCACACCAAGGACCACUCUCAUCAUAAYGAACGCCACCCCGAAGGCAGCAAUCACCACCACACACACGAUCACAAACCAGGCAGUGCCCACAGGCACGCCCAUGACCACUCUCACGACCACGGGCUUGAUUCGACCCACGAUCACGUGCACGCUCAUCAUGCCCAGGCAUCCAAUCACAAAGGCGACUUUCCCAACCAGCACCAUAAUUACACUCAUCCCGAGGGCGUGCACACUCAUGAGCACGAUCACGAGAUUGCUCUGGACCACGAUCACAGGCACGCUCACCUGCAUGAGCACGAGCAUCACCACCAUCACCACACACAUGAGCACGAAAAGGAACACCAUGACGAACCAGAGGGCAUGGUGAAGMUGAUCGGAGCCCUGGGCCAACCGGUUGCCUCGCCUAUCUUCCCAGUCGACCCUCCGCGGCCCACCCUUCUGAUUCUCAGGCCUGACCCCGAGAUACCAGGCGUGUCUGAACCCGGCAUCCUGGGAUUCGAAAGCUUCCCAGACACAGCCUCAGCUAACUGUGCCCCACCAACUGCAGGGCAGAGCCUGGUGUCUAAACUCUUUGCUGAGGAUGACCUGUUUAAGCCUGGCAACAAAUUCUAAACCUCAAACACAGACUUUAAAAAACAAUUUCAGUUUCAUGCAUUUGCAUUUACCACUCUGAUUGUCAGUUUAUUACAGACUAACAGUCGUUCAUCAUCUGUAACUUUUUUGCCUCCUCACAAAUUAAUAAAUAUUAUAAAAAUCMUCUUUU